AUGGCACGUAAUAAGGCUCACAAGCAGAGGUUUGCAUCUAAACGUGCUGUUUCGGGUUUGGCAAAGGGACGCACUAUUCCAACGAAAAAGGAGAGUGUAAAAGCGCUUCAUCCGUUGGAGGCCAAAGAGAGAUCAAGGCAGUCUUUAGCUGCCCUGCGGGACAAGAAAAGGGCCAAUGCCCUUCAACAAAAGAGAAUCGGGAAAAUAUCCGGGUUGCCUCGGGCUGUUGGUGUUCUACCAGCAAAUGAAUCGGCUAACACGAACGCGGUCAUUCGGGGCUUGUGCUUUUCUUUGGGGAGUGAAGUUCGUGACACUUGCCUCCCGUUCACUGCAAGUUCGAAAGAAAAGAAGGCAUCUUUUACAUUUAUGUCAGAGCGGAAUGGCAAUCUUCAGAGUUGUGUUGACAUCGGUAAGGUCGCUGACUUUUUGGUGUUAGCACUGGAUGUCUCGCGAUCCGUACAGGAAAUGAUACGUAACGUGCAAGAAUCUAUGGAAGUAGAAGAUUGUGAUGAUGUUGGCUCCGUUGUGGCUACUACAUGGUACGGAGAUAUUGGUCUUUGUAUCACUGCGUUCACAAGAGAGCUGAUUGCAGCUCUUAAUGCCCAAGGGGUGCCGAGUGUAGCUGUAGUACUGCAAAAUCUUGAUACGUUCACUGAAAAGCAGCGUCAUAAAGUUAUUAAGGUUCACCAGCGUUACUUUUUAUCUGUUCUCCCUGAAACGACGAAGGUAUUUACUGUGAUUGAUCAGGGUGACUAUGACCCGGUGCUUCGGCAUCUCCAUGUCGCUAAACUUCGUUCACUAGCAUGGCGUGAUCAACAUCCGUAUUUGAUAGUGGAGGAGGGAUAUUUUGAUGAUGAUGCUCAAAAACUUGUCGUAGGUGGUUACCUUCGUGGCAUGGCACUCUCGGCCGAGCAAUUGAUUCACCUCACAAACCACGGGACGUUUCAGAUUGAGAACAUAUGCCGGGGGGACCCAAGGGGUGAUGAAGCCCAGGUUAUUGAUUCGUGUGAGAAGGCACACAGAGAGUCACUUGACUACGUUCAAGUGAAUGCCACUCUUGACGAUGCAGACGGACCAACUGAGGAAGAUAUUGCCUAUCACAAAUCAAUAGGAUUCAAAAAGGUCAAAGUUCCAGAGGGUGUAUCUGAUUACCAGGCAGCAUGGUAUGAAUUCGAGGGUAGUGAUAUAAACUCGGAGACAGAUAUUGGUGAAUCGGUACCGGGGGACGAUGAGUAUGCUGCGUCUGAUCACUUUUCUCAGGGGACUUUAAGAACAACAGUUGACUUUCUUAAGGUGGAGGAUGUAAUUCGUUUGGAGCGGAUGAACGACGACGAACGAGCUGCGGAAAUACAGAGACUUAAAGAGGAGAGUGAAGAAGAUGCGUGGAAUCCAGAUAUUGUAGACACACCUUUCAAUCUACCAGCAAGGCAAAGAUUUAUGAAAUAUCGCGGACUCAAGAGCUUCCAAACGGGUAAAUGGGACGCGGCGGAGAAUCUCCCGCCACAUUACGCUUAUAUUUACAAGUUACAGGGCAUAACCCGCAUUCGUGAGGCAGCGCUAGCGAAAUGCGCCAGUGGAAGUGUCGCAACUGAGCAAUUUGUGUAUAUAACACUCGUGGAUGUUCCAAGUAAGGUCUGGAGAAGCGCUGUCGAAGGCGGUUGCAUUAUUGCAUCGGGUCAGCUGGAGCAUGAGCAGAAAUGGUCAGUCCUUCACUUUAGGAUUCAAAGGAGCUCGGAUUGCGAUGAACCAAUUAAGUCAAAAAUACCUAUGCUCGCUCAUAUAGGUUUUAGGAAGUUUUACGUGUCACCCAUCUUCAGUGACAUUACUACCUCAGAUCGUACGAAGUUUGCCCGCUUUUUUCAUCCAAACGAAAAAUUUUGUAUGGCGAGUUUUUUUGGCCCUAUAUCGUAUCAGCCUUGCCCUAUUCUUUUGUUUGAAGUUCCGUCACUGGAGGAGCAGAAUGAGGACAAUUCAUUGCAUUUGGCUUGCUUUGGAGGGGCACUACCGCCAAAUCCAGACCUGUUGGUGCUCAAGCGUGCGGUACUGACGGGAAGAGUAGCGACUAUUCACAAAAAACAAAUUGUAGUCAAAUACAUGUUUUUCAACGACGAGGACGUGCAGUGGUUUCAAUCUGUGGACCUUCGCACUCGGUUGGGGAGACGUGGGAAAAUAAUAAAGGCUGUGGGAACUCGUGGGCUGUUUAAAGCAUCCUUGAACGAUCAGGUAAUGCAGCAUGAUCUUGUUUGCAUGGAUCUUUAUAAGCGUGUCUUCCCGAAGUGGACAACUUUGCCGUUUUGCAUUUCGGAUGUUCCGAAAGUUGUUGCCGAAGAGUAG